AUGAUAAGAUCGAUAGACCUAAAAUGGAAAGUGUAUUGGCUACUAGCACUCACUAACGUUGUCGGAUUCGUGCUAUUUCUAUGUGGCUUCUUCCCUUCAAAAGUUGUCUUGCCCGGUACUAACACGUUUCUUCAACAAGAUCUAAAUUACAAAUCACCAUUUUUGAGUGUGGAUGGCAAACCUCAAUUUGAAAAGUUAAUUUUAAUGGUAGUUGAUGCAAUGCGUGCUGAUUUUUGUUUCAGUGAGGAAUCAAAUUUUAAAUUUUUACAUGAAUUGAUUAAUGAAGGACACGCAAUACCGUUUACAGCAUUUUCCAAUCCGCCAACUGUGACACUACCUAGACUUAAAGGUAUUACAACUGGAGGUACUCCCAGUUUUCUUGAUGCAAUUUUAAAUGUUGCUGAUGAUUAUGACGAUUCACAAGGAUUACAUGCACAAGAUUCUUGGGUGCAUCAAUUCAAGCAACUUAACAAAAAUAUCAACUUUUUUGGUGAUGAUACUUGGUUGAAAUUGUUUCCUCGAGAAUUUAGUGAAUAUGAAGGCACCAAUUCCUUUUUUGUUAGUGAUUUUACUGAGGUUGAUAGUAAUGUUACACGUCAUCUAGAUCAUCAACUUCUGCUGGAUCUGAAAUGGGAUGGGUUGAUACUACAUUAUCUUGGAUUGGAUCAUAUUGGCCACAAAGGAGGACCACACUCAACUUUCAUGAAACCAAAGCAAGCGGAAAUGGAUCUGAUUUUGAAACGACUUUACAAAUACACUGAGAAGAAUCAAGAUACCUUAAUUGUGUUGAUGGGUGAUCAUGGAAUGAAUGAAGUUGGUAACCAUGGCGGCUCAUCUUCUGGAGAAACGUCAGCUGCAUUGACAUUUGUAUCUCCAAAAUUCAACAACCAGAAUGUCAAAGCUCCAUUGCCUAUAUCUUCCGAUUACACUUACUAUGAUCGUCUUUUCCAAAUUGAUCUAGUUCCUACAUUAGCUAGUCUUUUCGGUUUCCCAAUCCCGAAAAACUCUCUAGGGGUAAUUACCAGGAAAAUUAUAGAGCUAUGGCCAGAGAAGCAAAGGAGGAAUAUUAUACUUGAAAAUUGUUUUCAAAUAAUGAGUUUAUACGAAGCGAAAAAUGGACCAACUGGAAGUAUAUGGAAGACAUGGGAGAGUUUACGGAAUGGCAGUUAUUUAGUAGAUGAGUACUAUUCCUUUUUGGACGGGGUUCAACUGGAUUUAGCAUCAUCAGCAACAAAUUAUAAUUACAGCUAUAUUUACCUUGGAGCAGGAAUGGUUUUAUUGACAGCAUUAAUUACAACUGCCAUUUCCAAUUUAUAUUUUCUUUCGGUUAGGGAAAUCGCCAAAUACCUGGUCAUUUCGUUUGAAGUAUUUGCAUUAGUCUACUCAAUUCAUUUUCAUGGGUCUUCAUUAAUCGAAGAAGAACAUCAAAUUUGGUACUUUGCUACAUCAUUAGCAACACUUGCGUAUGGUACUUUCUAUUUUAAAGUGUAUGAGAGUGGGUCAAAGUUUAAGUGGUUUCUAACUUUAUUACUUUCUAGCAGACUUUUGAAAGCUUGGAAUAAUAGUGGACAAAAAUGGUUUUCUGAUGGAAAUAUUGCAAAUUAUCUAUUCAGAUAUAACCAUGAUCUACUUUGGUUUCUCAUUGCACUCACUUAUGGUGCACUUGCAGCUGCUAUUUGUUUACAAGGAAACUUGAAUUGGCUCUUUGAAGCACUCAAGACAAGAAGAGCACCUACUUUAUCCAUUGAAGCUGCACUCGUAAACAUUUGUGUGUUUGUGGCAAUAUCAAUCUCGUUUCUGUUUAAGCUUGUGCUGUAUUUCGUGGAUGGAAAUAUUCCUCCUGGUGUCUUCAAAUUGAUUUUGUUGUGGGUUUUGGAAAGUCAAGAUGUCAAUACUGAUAAUUUAGAUAUUGAGGAUAUCGAUGUCAAGUUUCAACUUCAACAUAUAAGUGUUCAGUUAGCUAGGUAUACUACAAUGGCAACAGCGGGUGCUUUGGUGUUGGUACUAAUCUGUCGUCGUAUUCAAAAGAGAAAUAGUGGAACUAUUACUGAUAUCGCUAAUAUUAUCGCCUUAUACUUGAUACAUCAAACUAGACAUGCAAAUAUACCAAUAUUCUUAGUUCUACUUGUGGCAAAGUUGGCACUAGCUAAAUUAGUAUACCUGACAUCAACUAACGAAAAGAAAUUUGUCAUUGAUAAUCAUAUAGUCAGCAUUACAUUUCUAAUGUUGUGUUUUCAGAAUUUGACAUUUUUCUCAAUGGGAAAUACUAAUUCGUUAGCUACUGUGGAUUUAUCAAAUUCAUACAAUGGUGUGCAAACCUACGAUGUUUUCCUAGUGGGUUUACUUACAUUUAUUUCAAACUUUGCUGGUCCCAUCUUUUGGUCCCUAGCAUCACUACAAUUGAUUUUCGAACCGGGUGUGACCAGUUUUAGAGGCGCAUCUCCAACUGACCUUACGUCCUAUCCACGAUUGAAAUACAGAAUCGUGUUAACUAAAUCAUUAUUGAGUUUACUAUUCUAUACAAUUUCAGCUACGAACCUAGUAGUGUCAUGUAUCAAUUUACGAUUCCAUUUGUUUGUAUGGACGGUGUUUUCUCCAAAAUUGUUGUUUUUCGCCAGUUGGUUAAUCCUAAUCAACAUGGUGAUUGAUUUAAUUGGUGCUGGUAUUUUAAUAUCCUUAUAG